AUGGAGCACUGGGACUCACUGGGAUUUUUGAUAGUCACACUCAACUACAACGUGACUAUAGUAGGGAAGAUCUGGCUGAUGCUGAUAAUUCUGCUGCGAAUAGCAGUGGUGGUGUUAGCAGGCUACCCCCUGUACCAAGAUGAGCAGGAGCGCUUUGUCUGCAACACCCUGCAACCAGGAUGCUCCAACGUUUGCUAUGACUUGUUCUCCCCCAUAUCUCACUUCAGGUUCUGGCUCAUUCAGACUGUGUCUAUCCUGCUGCCUUAUGCUGCAUUCAGCAUUUAUGUCUUGCACAAGGUAGUUAUGUACGUGGUAAGGAUGCACUGUCUGGGGCAUGAGUCCAAGAGCAACAAGGGUUUAUCAGGCCCCAGAAAUGUGAAGGAGCCCUGUAGAAGUGCAGGUGUCAAUAGAGUAGAUUGUGAUGCAGACAGCCUAAGAGUCCUUAAUUUUUCAGGGGCAUAUACUGUUCAUCUUUUUAUUAGGACCCUGCUUGAGGUUGCCUUUGCAACUGUACAAUAUUUUCUUUUUGGAUUUGUUGUUCCUGACCGCUUUUCAUGCUACCACUCACCUUGCACAAGUGCUGUUGACUGUUACAUCUCCCGGCCCACUGAGAAGUCCAUCAUGAUGAUUUUCAUCUGGGGGGUCAGCAGUCUGUCCUUCCUGCUCAGCCUUGCUGACCUUGUCUGUGCUCUCCGGAGAAUGACAGCAAGAAACCAAAAGAACAAGCUGCUGGCAAACCUCUGCACAGAGAAGGAGAGCAUGCUGCAUCUUCCCCCAGUCCAGCAGAGUAACUCUUCUCCACCUCAAAAUGGGGAUGGCCCAGCAGCAAACAGCUGUCAGACCAGUGAUGGCUCCUGCUCGCUUCUCUCUGAAGAAGAGGAGGCAGUUCUUCCUCCUGAAGGUGUCCCUCAGCAAAGUGCCAGCACUCACCUCAGCAGCAGCAGUAAGUGCUGUGUGUCAGGAGACCUUGCUGUUCAGCAGCACAGCACUGAAGAGCCUGUGUGUGCCAGAGAGCACCGAGGAACUCCCUGCAGCCAAGUGAGACCCAGACUUCAGCAAGACUCCAUUAAAGAUACUGCCCUGGCUUUGAGACCUCAGCUCGAGUCUCCUCUUGCAGUUUCUUCCUCUGUUGUUCAGAGCAAGCUUUUAGGGUUCUACCCUUCAGCUGAGCUAAAAAGCCCUGAUGCACAAUCAAAUUAUAGCAGCACUAGCUGCCUGAGGUCAAAAAAGUCAGAAUGGGUGUAGAAGCCAGAGUGAGCACUGUGCUGUGACCUUGGCAGGGCAAAUCAUUGCAUCCCUGAAGAGGCUUCAGGGAGUUUCAGCUGAAU